UAUGGUAACCCAGAUGGGCUCGCACAAUACAAAAACUAUACGCCGUCUAGCUUAUGCAAGUUGCAUAUUACAAGUCCCUGUCCUAGCAUAUUAAUCGGUCCAUGUGGGCUGAUGGUGGCUCGAUAUCUGCCCAAGAGAGCUCCCCAAACAAGAGCAGCUUCACACGCCAAAGCCAAUCACUAUGCCUGGCUUACUGAGGUCAGAUCAAUCCUCGUCGUCCUCGAAUGAGGACAUCACCGAUGCUUCGGGCCCGAGCAUCAGGGCAUCUCGGAUCGAUCAAGCGCAGGUGACUGCUUCCGGCCUGAGCGAUGGAGAGAAGCCGCUGGAGGAACAGCUAGAGCCUAUUGCGGUGGUGGGGAUGGGAUGCCGACUGCCAGGGGCUGUGAAGUCAGCCUCGGACUUCUGGGACAUGAUGAUCAACAAGCGGACGGGAAACACACCAAAAGUGCCCGCCUCACGAUUCAACAUCGACGCGCACUACCACUCAAACAACGACCGCCCAGGCAGCUUUGGGGUUCUGGGCGGAUACUUCCUCGAUGAGGAGCUGACCGACUUCGACCCUGGCCUGUUCGGCAUCACGCCGGUCGAGGCCAUGUGGAUGGACCCGCAGCAGCGCAAGCUGCUUGAGGUUGUGUAUGAGGCGCUCGAGUCGGGUGGUAUCUCGCUCGAGGCCAUCUCGGGCACCCGUACUGCGGUCUUUGCCGCCAGCUUCACUGCCGACUGGCAGCAGAUGGCCUUCAAGGAGGCGUCGUUCCGCCACAGCCUGGCGGCAACCGGCGUUGAUCCCGGCAUCAUCAGCAACCGUAUUAGUCACGUUUUUAACCUCAACGGCCCCAGCAUUGUCUGCAACACGGCAUGCUCCUCGUCCGUGUACGCGCUGCAUAAUGCCUGCAACGCCCUGCGGAACAACGAGGCCGAGGGGGCCAUCGUCGGGGGCGUCAACCUGAUCAUCACGGUAGACCAGCACAUGAACACGGCCAAGCUGGGCGUGCUGUCACCCACGUCAACGUGCCACACGUUCGACGAGAGCGCCGACGGCUACGGCAGAGCAGACGCGGUGGGCGCCGUAUACCUGAAGCGACUCGCCGAUGCUGUCCGGGACGGGGAUCCGAUCCGCGGCAUCAUCCGUUCCAGUGCUGUCAACUCCAACGGCAAGGUCCCCGCCGUCGGCAUCACACACCCAAACCGCGAAGGCCAGGCCGACGUUAUAACCCAUGCAUACGAGCGCUGCAGCCUUGACCCUCGCCUGACGGGCUACUUCGAGUGCCACGGGACGGGCACCGCCGUCGGCGACCCCCUCGAGGUGCACGCCGUCUCCAUGGCCAUGAACAAGAACCGGACACCUGACCAGGACCCCCUGUGGAUCGGCGCCGUCAAGACCAACAUUGGCCACAGCGAGGCUGCGAGCGGCCUGUCGGCACUCAUCAAGGCCAUCCUGAUAGUUGAGCGAGGCAUCAUCCCGGCGACCCGCGGCCUCGUCAAGCCCAGCCCGAGUAUCAAGUGGGACGAGUGGCAGGUCAAGGUUCCGACCGAACCAGUGCCUUUUCCCGCCCAUCUCCCGGUGCGCCGUGUGUCCAUCAACAGUUUCGGAUACGGAGGGACCAACGCCCACGUAGUGGUCGAGGGGGCGGCAUCGAUGCUGCGAGGACGGGCACCAGCAUACAAGUACACCGACGCCACGAGCGUCGAGUCGCGCAGGAAGAGCCUCGUCCCCAGGCGCGCCUCGCACCGCAAGCGGCCGUUCCUGCUUCCCUUCUCGGCCCACGACAAGGCCACGCUCCUGCGCAACAUCAAGGCUCACGGCGAGGUCGCAGCGAAGUACGACCUGCUGGACCUCUCGUACACGCUCAGCAGCCGCCGCAGCGUCCUCCAGAGCAGGGCCUUCACCGUCGCCAGCCACCGCACGCUGCCCACUGCGUUCGAAGACGUCGCCGCCUCCUUCUCCUUUGGCCAGCAGAAGCCGUCCAGGCCGCGGGCCAUCGGUUUCGUCUUCACUGGACAGGGGGCCCAGUGGCCGCGCAUGGGCGCGGAGCUGAUGGCGUACAGCCCGCACUUCCUGGAGUCGAUCCACGCCCUCGACAACGCCCUCGAGGAGCUCGGCGACGGCCCGGAGUGGUCGAUCGAGGACGUCUUGCUCGAGAGCAUCGACACGUCGCCUGUCAACAACGCCGAGUUCUCGCAGCCGCUCUGCACCGCGGUCCAGAUUGCCCUGGUGCAGCUGCUCGCCCACUGGGGCAUCCGGCCCACCGUCACGGUCGGCCACUCGUCGGGGGAGAUGGCUGCUGCAUAUGCUGCCGGCCUGAUCACGGCCAGGGAGGCCAUAGUUGCAGCAUAUUACCGGGGCAAGGUCACGCGCGAUGUCGCGAGCGCCGGGUCCAUGCUGGCCGUCGGCCUCGGGGCCGAAGCCGUCCAAGAAUACCUUGGCCGGGACAAGUCUGAGGGACAUGUUGUGGUGGCGUGCCACAAUUCGCCAUCGGCCGUCACGCUGAGUGGCGACGAGCACGGCAUAGCGGCUGUCAAGGCCAGGCUUGAUGAGGACGGCGUCUUUGCCCGCCUUGUAAAGACAAGCGGCAAAGCUUACCACUCUCACCACAUGGUGCCGGUGGCCACCAAGUACGAGGAACUCAUCCGGGCCGCGAGUGUGAGCGCUUGGGAGGAUGACCUGGACGAGAACCCCGCGCCUGCCAACGCCAGGAUGGUCUCGUCAGUGACAAACAGCAUCCUGCCGCCAGGCACCCGGCUGGACGAGUCGUACUGGAGCAAGAACCUCACCAACCCGGUCCUCUUCAACCAGGCCGUCCGGACCAUCCUCACGGACGACGAGGUCUCAGACGUCGACCUGUUGAUCGAGGUUGGCCCACACUCGGCCAUGGCUGGCCCCAUCAAGCAGAUCAAGGCGGAGCUCAAGGCGGAAAAGCUCGACUACCUGCCGACCCUGCUGCGAGGCACCGACAGUGCCGUGCAGCUGCUCAAGCUGGCGGGCGAGCUGUUCCUCAGGGACUACCCCGUCAAGAUGGAGCGCGUCACAAACGCCUACGUCGGCGGAAGUGGCAGCAAAGGGGGGGCCGGUACCAAGGGGCACACCAUCGUGGACCUGCCCCCGUACCAGUGGAACUACACGCGGCCGUUAUGGGCCGAGAGCCGCGCCAGUCGCGAGCAGCGCCAGCCGAAAUACCCUCGUCACGAUGUGCUGGGCCAGCGGGUCAUCGGCUCGUCCAUGGCGGAGCCCACCUGGCGCAACGUCCUGCGGCUGCGCGACCUGCCGUGGCUCAAAGACCACUCGCUGGGCGGCGAGGCCGUCUUCCCUGCCGCGGGCUACUUCGCCAUGGCCAUCGAGGCCAUCACACAGGUCCACGAGCUGGGCGGGGACGAUGCCUCCCGCGAGCCCAUCGACAACUACACCCUGCGCGACGUGUCCAUCAAGAAGGCGCUCGUGACGCCAGACGAUGACGACGGGAUCGAGGUGCUGCUGAACCUGCGGCCCGCCGUGCAGGGCGGCGGCGGCUGGUGGGACUUCAGCGUGUCGUCGAUCGACAUGGAGCAGGUCCACAAGGAGCACAUGGCCGGCAGCAUCGGCAUCAACAAGAACCCGCGCGGGUCCAAGGCAGUCCGCCGGGCGCCCGAGUUCGCCCAGCGGGCCACGGGCAAGGCCUGGAACCACGCGCUGCGCCAGGUCGGCUUCGACUACGGCCCCACGUUUCAGGACAUGGGCGACAUCCGCUUCGACGGCAAGACAUAUGCGGCCAGCGCCCGGUCCUUCAUCAAGCAGCACGUCGACGCGUCGCUCGGCGAGUCCCGCUACGUGCUGCACCCGGCCUCGGUCGACUCGGUCCUGCAGCUGAGCAUCGCGGCCAUCUACGCCGGGCGGACCAACGCCAUGAGCUGCGGCGUCGUCCCCAUCCAGGUGGACGAGGUGUCCAUCUGGCCGCCCACCGAGCCGCAGCUUCAGGUCGGCACGGCCAAUGCCUAUGCCUGGGUGCCCCGUCGAGGCAUCCGGUCUUUUGAGGGGAGUGCCCAGAUGACCGCCCUCGACGGCGAGCUGGUGCUAGACAUCACAAAUGUACGGACCACGAGCUACGAGGCCGCGGUCCCCCAAAAGGCAGAGACAUUUGUCGACGACACGAGUGGUGCCUAUGGCGAGAUGAGCUGGGACUUGGACAUUGACAGUCUCGAGUCGGGCGCCGACGUCGGCAGCUGGGUUGAUGUCGCAAACCUGAUCUUGUUCAAAUACCCGGCGUUGAAGGUCUUGGAGCUGGGCACCGAGAGCGCGGCGGAGCUCCUCUCCAAGAACCCUCAGCUGUCAUAUACAGCCGCUGUUGGCCCAGGCGAGACCAUGGUCGCCGCAGGAAAAUCACUUGUCGAGCCCUACGCCAAUGCCAAGGUGGUUCCCCUUGACCCGGGGCAGGACCUCGAGUCACAAUCUCUCAAGACGGCCGGGUACGACGUCGUCGUUGCUGGCCUGGAGGCGACGGCCUCGGUCCAGAAGCUGCUCCCCAAGCUGCGAGGGCUCCUGAAGCCAAGCGGCUUUCUUGUCACGGCGCCCCAGGCCACCAGUAUUAUCGAAGAGUCAAAAGGACCGGGAGACUUUAGAUUGAGCUUCAGGGCCAGCUCAGGGUCUUCAGUGUGGCGACCAGCGGAGACGACGGACGAGACCAGGACUGAGGUGCUCUCCCCGAUAGAAGGUCACGCCGUGCAGCUUGUGUACCGCACGAACCCGAGCCCGCUGGCUGAGCAAAUCAAGUGCGCACUGGAAGGGCUUGGUUGGAGCGUCUCGGUCAACAAGCUGGAUGCGUUCGGGGUGGAUUCCGGCGGUGACGUUCAAGUCGUGGCUGGGCAUGUGAUUAUGCUUGCCGACCUCGAAGGCCCUGUGCUGUACACGGCCACAGAGGCAGAGUUCUUGGCAAUCAGGGCCAUCAUCGACUCGGCAUCGGCCCUGCUGUGGGUUACCAGUGGCGGGUUAAUCACGGCAAAGAGACCAGAAUACGCCAUGGUGCGGGGGCUUGCUCGGUCUGUCGCUUCGGAGCAGGCCUCGCUCGACUUCCGCACCCUCGAUGUGGAUCUCGACAGUACCACCGUGCCUACGCAGGUGGUCCAGUCAGUCCUGAGGAUUGCCGGGUUGCAGGCGAGUAGCGGCGACGAGGCCCCGCAAGAGCGAGAGUUCUCCUUAUCCGGAGGAAAGACAUACAUUAGCAGGCUCGUACGAAACAAGGGGCUCAACAGUAUCUUCAAGACUCGGAGCGAUCCGGAACCACAGGCCUUCUCAGCCGAAAGGCCUCUACGUGGCAAAGUCCUCCGCGGCAAAGUUGUCUUUGAACAGGAGCCGGAGCGGGACGCACAUGCAGAUAAGCUCGCACUCAAGGCUGGCCUCGUCGAGGUCCAGGUCCAGGCCGUCGGGCUCACGAGGGAAGGCGUUCUGGUCAUCAGCGGUUCUGAUUACCCAACCACGUUCAGCCACGAGAUCGGUGGCGUGGUCACCAAGGUAGGACCAGAUGUCUCGACUCUCAAACCAGGAGACAGGGUGGUUGGGUACAAGCCGGACUGCUUCGCCAGCUACCAGCAGGUGCCGGCCACCAUGCUGCACAAGCUCGCCGACAAGGACGACAUGGACGCGGCCGUGAGCCUGAUAUCGGCAUACUCGAACGCCAUAUACGGCCUGGAAACCCUGGCCCGGGUCAAGGAGGGCGACACGGUCCUCAUCCUCCACAACACAGGCACGAGCGGCGUGGCCGCGGCCAAGAUUGCCCAAGACAAAGGCGCGACCCCGUACCUGGCAGUGAAGACCGACGCCGAGGCCACGUUCUUGACGACCCGGCUCGGCCUCGACCAGAGACAGAUCCUCGGCCCCGGUGGCGGUGCUGUCUCGACGCAGCUUGGGCGUCUCACUGGCGGCCGCGGGGCCGAUGUCGUCUUCAGCACCGGCAGCAGCGUGGAUACGGGGUCUGCGAGCGAGGCAUGGCGCCACAUCGCACCUUUCGGCCGCUUCGUCGACGCCGGCCGCAAGCACGUGCUCGACCGCGGCGCGCUCGACACGGUGCCGUUUGCGCGCGGCGCCAGCUAUCUGCCGUUUGACCUGCUGGACAUGUACGAGAGCAGGCCCGACAUGACCUCUGGCCUUGUUGCGGCCGUCAUGCAGCUGUCUGAGCAAGGAUCCAUCACGCCGCCCGGCACCGUCGAGCCCCUCCACCUGUCGCAGAUUGACAAGGCUGUCUCCUCCUGGUCCGAGUCCUUCGGUGCUCCCAAGCCCAUCAUCCGGUUUGAAGAAGCACCUGGACACCCCGUCUUGACCCUGCCCCCUGAGCGUGCCGGGCCCCGGUUCAGCCCUGACAACACAUACCUGCUCGUCGGCUGCCUGGGGGGUCUGGGCAGGAGCUUGACGGCGUGGAUGAUGGUGCAUGGGGCACGGCGGUUUACCUUUCUCUCCAGGUCUGGCGCUGACUCCCAGUCGGCCUCCACGCUCGUGGCCGACAUGGAGAGCGCCGGGGCCAUCGUGCAGGUUGUGCGAGGUGAUGCGACCUCACGGUCAGACGUUGUUCGUGCGCUCGAGGGUAUUCCCGCGUCGCACCCAGUUCGAGGCGUUGUCCAUGCUGCCAUGGUACUUCGGGACGGCAUGUUCCAUUCCAUGACUUUCGACCGUUGGAAGGCGACAGUGGAGCCCAAGGUCACUGGCGCCAUGAACCUGCACUCGGCCCUCGCCGACGUCCCACUGGACUUUUUCCUCAUGACCAGCUCCGUGUCGGGGACGCUGGGCACGCCAGGCCAGAGCAACUACGCGGCUGCCAACAGCUACCUAGACGCGCUCGCGCAUCACCGCGUGGCCUCGGGCAAAGUCGCCACCUCGGUGGUCCUGCCCAUGGUCCUCGGCGUCGGGGUUGUCGCCGAAAACACCGACAUCGAGGACGGCCUCCGCCGCAUGGGCAUGUACGGCAUCGACGAGGAACAGCUCCUCGAGGCCUUUGAGGCUGCCAUCGUCGCGCGCCAGUCUCUCGACGAGGCACCUCACCACAUAGCCGUGGGCUUGGACCCGCACCUGUUGCGGGAGGCCAUGGCCGACGCGGGGACCACCGAGGUCUUCUGGGACCGGGACGCGCGUUUCAGCCACCUCGCCCGCGCCAUGAGCGCGGCAAAGGACGGCGCCGACACGGCGGGCAGCUACAGCAUCCUGGCCGCCGUCCGCGAGGCCGACUCGGCCGCCGCCGCGGUCGCGGCGGUGUCGCAGCACUUCAUCGAGAAGCUGUCGCGCAUGCUGAUGAUCCCCGAGGACAACUUCGAGCCGCAGGGGCCGUCCAUCGCAUCCUACGGCAUCGACAGCAUGAUCGGGGCCGAGCUCCGCAACUGGAUCUUCAAGGAGUACAAGAUCGACAUGCCCUUCCAGCAGCUCCUCGCCCCCACGCUAAGCAUCGAGAGGUUUGCCGCGCAGGUGUGCGCGUCUGUGGUCACAGCGGCUUGAUGGAAACACCAGCCAUUGGGAUGUGACCGUACCCUAUCGCAGUCGAUUCUAUGCGUCUUUGUCUGACACAGGAUCCUGUACAAGGACAUAGAUUCGGGUGGUACACUAAGAGAAUGGAUAGAUGGAUGGAUUAUGAUUAACGCCUCGGGCCGUAGGCCCAGGCGAUGGCCGUCUUUGAAAUUAAGCAAUAUACUGUGCAGCCGCCAGGUCUAUAUGAACUGGCCGAAAUCAAUACAUAGGGUAGCGGGUGUAACUAUGAACGGUGGCGGCCUAAUAGGCUUUGUUGAAAGAAAGCAACGUAUUUGACCAAGUCCGCUUAUUAGUACAUGUGUGCCAAAAGAUGAAUUUGGUGGCCAUGCCAUAAAUUGAUUUUCAGGCUGUAUUUUAGCUUAUGUGACACACCAACGAUGGCGUCUCCGAACAAGAUCAACACGGUUCGAGACAUGUUCCAGGCCCAUUCCUCGCGUCAAUGACGACUCUCGAACAUCUCACGACUAA